AUGCGUCUUCCACUCUCCCCUCGCCUCGCCGCCGCCGCCGCGAUGCCCCCACGCCACCGUCGCCUCGUCACACCGCCGAUGCCUCCUCCCCCUCCCCUCCUCUCCUCCACCCCACCUCCGGCAAAACUCGUAGAAACCCCAAAACCCGGAACCCCCCAGCCGCACCCUCCCCCCGCCCGCCGCCGCCUCCCCCUCCCCCUCGCCGACGACGAGGAGUGGCACCCCCUCGCUCUCUCCGCCGCCGACCUCUCGCUCCCCCUCACCCUCCCCACCGGCCAGACCUUCCUCUGGCGCCGCACCUCCCUCUCCCCGCUCAGAUUCACCGGCGCCGUGGGCCCGCACCUCGUCUCCCUCUCCCACCUCCCCGACGGCCGCCUCGCCUUCCUCCUCCACAACGCCGACCCCGCCGCCACGCCCUCCUCCUCCUCCGUACCCGCCGCCCGCGCCGCGCUGUGCGACUACCUCAACGCCGCCGUCCCGCUCGCCGACCUCUGGCGCCAGUUCACCGCCGCCGACGCGCGCUUCGCCGAGGUCGCCGCGCGCCUCGGCGGCGGCGGCGCCCGGGUGCUCCGGCAGGACCCGGUCCAGUGCCUGUUCCAGUUCCUCUGCUCCUCCAACAACAACAUCGCAAGGAUCGAGAAGAUGGUCUGGACGCUGGCCGGAUACGGGGAGCGGCUUGGCGAGGUCGGCGGCUUCGUCUUCCACCGGUUCCCCACCAUCGAGCGCCUCGCGCAGGUACCGGAGCAGGAGCUUCGGGACGCCGGAUUUGGGUACAGGGCAAAGUACAUUGUUGGCACUGCUAAAGAAUUGGUAGCAAAGCCUGGUGGAGGUGCGAAAUGGCUUGCCUUGUUGCGUGACAGGGAACUUCCUGAGGUGAUUGAGGGUCUUUGCACCCUGCCAGGUGUUGGCCCAAAAGUUGCAGCCUGCAUUGCUCUCUUCUCCCUUGACAAGAAUCAGGCUAUACCUGUUGAUACACAUGUCUGGAAGGUUGCCACACAAUAUCUGUUACCCGAGCUAGCUGGCAAGAGCCUGACCCCAAAGCUGAGUAUUGUUGUGGCCGAUGCAUUUGUAGCUAAAUUUGGGGAGUAUGCUGGUUGGGCGCAGACUGUUCUUUUCAUUGGCCAGCUACCUGCUCAGAAACUUCUGGCUACUGAAGUUACCAGUGACGCGACAAAAGCUACCAAGAGGAAGCGUGGGGCAAAGAUUGUUGAAAUACAGACGUAAUAUCAUCAUGGAACGCUAAACAAUAUCGGAGGCAUGGUCAACAGAUGUUAUAUCCAAAAUCCUAUUGAAACGGUGUCGGCACAUGUUUCCAGCCCUACACGGAUCCUCUGGCAGCUAUUUUCAACUAGCAGCAAGAACUCAUUAUAAGGUUCUCUUUUGAUUAGCGGGUUUAUCACUAGAAUGUUCUUGACCAGACUAAUAUUCCACAUUCCAUUCAUCAGCUUCUGACAAUGGAAAGCACGAGUCAUCUCUCCUAUGUUUGGUCUGAUAGUGAGAGGGGAAGAUUUGUUGUAUGGCUGCCCUAGUCCAGCUAAAUAAUGGGAGGUGUACAGGGUAUUGUAUUGUUAGCCAAAAGGAAUUAAGAAAUUCAACUGGAUGUCUUUGUUGUAAAUCAUGUAACGACUAAUGCACAAACCAUAUCGAGCUUGCACGUGAAACUUUAUGUUCC